AUUGUGAACUGCUUCACACUCCACACGUCCUUCCUCCCCUCCCCACUCUAUCUCUUUCCAUUUCCUUCCUCUCUUUGUCCUCAUCUUAAAUUCCAAUCCCUGUGUUUGACUGUAUAGCGUGUUUGUGCUGUGGUAAAGGCGUGGGCUUGAGCGCUCUGAACAAUUCAAACACAAACGUUGCUCUUGCUUCUAUAUUGGCUUUGUUUUCUGCUUUUGAUGGGUAAAGACGGAGACGAAGUGCUGAUAAAGAAGGAAGAACACCUGGGAAUCUGUACACAAGUCUUCGCUCCACAGUACUGUCCAAAUUGGUGCUGUUUAAGACAAGAGACUUCCUUUUCAACGGCUCCUUUUAAGUGAACCCCCACCCCCUCUUUUGUCUUCAGCCUUUUCUUGAGAUCUUAAAGAUCCACUUAAUACUUUAAUUAACCCACACAGUAAAGAGAAAAGAGGAUCUCAAAAACGCCCUGAGAUCUAAUAAGAUCUCCGCGAAGUUAUUCAUAUUUCGUCCAGCGAUCAUGAAGAGACUUGGCAGCUCAGAUUCUUUGGGCGCUCUCCUGCCCAUCUGUCCAUCCACAGAAGAACACAGUCCGAGGAACAACAAUCGCGCUUACAGUAGGGACUUCCAAUCCAUGUUCGAGGGGCUAGACGGAGAAGGAUGUGUGGAAGAAUUGGGCCACCCGACGGAGAAGAAACGCCGUCUGACCGUGGAUCAAGUGAAGGCUUUAGAGAAGAACUUCGAAGUAGAAAACAAGCUUGAACCUGAGAGGAAGGUGAAGCUUGCCCAAGAACUCGGAUUGCAGCCCAGGCAAGUGGCUGUGUGGUUCCAAAAUCGUCGAGCCAGAUGGAAAACCAAGCAAUUAGAGAGAGACUAUGGCGUCCUCAAAGCCAAUUAUGAUGCUCUCAAAAUUAACUACGAUGCCCUCCAACAAGACAAUGAAGCCUUGCUGAAAGAGAUUAAAGAACUGAAAUCUAGAUUGCAAGAUCAAGAGAAGAGUGAAGACGUGUCAUUGAAAGGAGAGAUGAAGCAGCCUAAGUCGGAGGAGAAAGCGAUGGGAGUGGGAGUGGGUGCGGGUGCGGAGCCUCCUGAAACGGCCAUUCCUGGGGUGGAGUCCGAAGACCUAAAUUACGAGUGCUUCAUCAGAAACGGCGUCGUAGGAGGUUGCUCACUCUUCCUGGCAGACUUUAACAAAGACGGCGCUUCGGACAGCGACUCGAGCGCAAUCCUGAACGAAGAUCCAAGCUCUCGUUCCUUGAAAUUCAACUGUUCUUCAUCGUCGUUUCAGUUCCAGAAGACGUGCCAGACUCAGACUCACUACGUGAAGAUGGAAGAGCACAACUUCUUCAGCACAGACGAGGCCUGCAACUUCUUCUCCGACGAACAGGCCCCCACCCUCCAGUGGUGCUGGAGUUAAAAAUAGAUGAAUGAACAAAAAGACAGUGUCAUCGUUAUCGUCCAAUUCAAAAGGCGGGUUGAAUCUCAAGUGACGAACAGAUCAAUAGCUCAAGAAUUUUGUAAAAAUGGGAAGGGAAUGCAGGAGAUGGAGGUUAUUGAAGGUGGGAUGAGAAAAAUUGUGAGGGGAGAGAGAGAAGGGAGAAAGCAUGGAGGUGGGGUCAGAUAUGAAAUGCUGACGAAAGAGGUUAAUUAUGAUCUCCAAGCCGCGCGGGUGGGGUGGAUAUAUGAAUAAUGAAUAAUCAUUAGCUCGUAAUUAAAUCCAUCUAUCUAUGCUGUAAAAAAAAUCUUUCCAUAAUUAAUUCCUGUUCUUAUGGGUUAAUAAUUAUGAUCACAUUAAUUUCUA